CAGAGAAUCCAUUCUGGAGAGAAGACUUAUGAAUGUAACCAGUGUGAAAGGCUUUUAGAUUGAAGAGAGAUUUUAUUGGACACCAGAGAUUCCAUACAGGAGAGAAACUUUAAGAAUGAAGUAAAUGGAGAAAGGAAUUUACAUGGAAAAAAAGACUUAUUAAAUAUUGGAGAAUCGACACUGGAGAGAAUGCCUGUGAUUGUAAUCAAUGUAUUACAGCCUUCAGGCCAGAGUCAGUUCUUGUUUACUACCAGAAUUUGUGGGCGAUAUAGAAAUCUUAGAACUGGUCUGAAGGAGGGAAGGCAGAGAAAUGGAGCAUAGAACUGUUUAGCAGAAAAUUCACUCUGGGGACAAGGCAUUUAUGAACUCAAGGAUUUAUAAUGAAAGUGCUCAGUGAGAAAUGCUUUUCUCUAGUAUAUGGAGGUCACUGGUGAAGGUUAAGUUGGGUCUGACUAUAACAGACUAGUCAGAUGAGAAAAAUCAUUCAUAAGUUUCCUGGCGGAGACGCUAGUCUAGCUCAUAAAUCACACAAUUCAGUGAGAGAAUAAUUCUGGAUGAUCUCAGAAAGAGAAUGUCUUCAGAAUAAGGAAAAGACAUUUUGUCAUUCCUGGGUCACCUGAGAUUCACCCAGAAGUGGGGGGCUCAGCAUGGAGGGGGGGGCACACGGGGCCGCCUUUUGGGGGACUCUUGGCCCUUUCCCAGGCCCAGGCAGCGGAGGAGUCUCCACGGGGGAGCAGCUGUGGCUGCCACCUCUGAGAGCGUCCUCCAGCGCGGGCUCCCAACCGCUGAAAGCACAUUUCUGGGGCAAACGGCAGGGGCCGCCACCGCCUCACCCGGUGCCCAGGCCGGGGGCAUCUCACUGCCAGGCAGCAAGGAGAACAGGACAACGACCCACCCGAGACCGGGCCGGCUCCCUGGUUCCUCCUCCACCUGAGCACGGGCAGAUUUCCAGGGCAGCAGCAACUAAAUCGUGCACGAGCACAGCUCUCCAGCUCCUCCAGACUACAUUUCCCAGAAGGCAUGGCGCGUGACGGCUUAGCUGCCAUCAACUAUAGAACGGUUGUCAUGGAAACGCGGAAAGGUCCCGUUUGAUUGGUGGGUUCUCCCAGGUGACUUCCGCUUCUCCUUACUGUCCUGUUUCCUCCCUGGUGGGAGCCACGGGUGUAUCUGAAGGGAGUUCCGGGUCAGUGUCCUGCCGGGCCACCUACCCCCGCCCUGCUCCCUCUUAUUCCUCCCUUCCUCAUCCUCCGUCUCUUACGGCUUCUCUUCUCCACUACUCCUCACCAUCCUCCCCUUUUCCCUCCUCCCCUUUUCCCUCCUCCCCUUUUCCCUCCUCCCCUUUUCCCUCCUCCUCUCCCUCUCUCUCUCUCUCUCACAAAGCACUUUGCAUAGGUUGAGUCAUUUGAUGGAAUAAUCACUGAGGUUUAUGCCCCUGAUGCCCCAAACAGCCCCAAGGUCGGUGGGACUGAUUUUACCCAUUUUCUAGGUGAGCAAACUGAGGCUCAGAGAGGGAGUGAACCCGAGUGUUCUUAGACUGGACUUGCUGCCUCUCCCUGGGAACAUAAGCUUCUGGGGGACCAGACGGGCUUUCUUUCCCCACGUAUCCCCAACAUCUGGCAGACGGCACUGAAGGUUCGGGAGAUGGCUUUGGGGGUGUUCUCAGGCAGGGCAGGGCCAGCCCCACUCACGGUUUCCUUUUCCUCCCCAGCUCUCUGCCCUUGCCCAAGAGGAGUGAGCUCUGGACACUGGAAUGGCCCCCAUGCUCCUGACAGCCAGGUCUCCCCAGGAGCCGGUGACCUUCCAGGAUGUGGCGGUGGUCUUCACGCAGGAGCAGUGGGCUUGCCUGGAACCUGCUCAGAAGGAGCUGUACCGGGAUGUGAUGCUGGAGACCUACCAGAACCUGCUCUGCCUGGGACUGGCCAUGUGUAAGCCACGGGUGAUCCACCAGCUGGAGCAAGGGGAGGCUCCUUGGACGCCAGAGAAGAGAGUCCUGGGGAGUGGCCAUCCAGAUUGGGACAGUAUACCUGAAACCAAGGAGUCAGCUCCCAAACUAGGCAUAUCUGGGGAGAAUUUUUCUCAAAAUACACUCACAAAGGAAGAUUUCUCUAUAUCCAGCUUGAAAAAAGCUUGGGCAUGUGAGGGAAAAUUACGGAGGCAACAGAGCAUUGAGGAGAACAUUUCUAAACAAGUAAAAAUCACUCAAAGGAAAACUUAUAGUGAGGUAAGAAGCCAUGGAAGUAAUAAAUAUAACCAAAGCAUCAGUUUGGAAACAAAGGAUUUUGCUCAACAGAGAACUUUCUUAGGAAAGGAUUUUCUCAGAUGUGAUUCUGGCAGAAAGAACUUCUUUCUAUCUUCAGAACCAAGAAAGUGUCAUAGAACUUGCUGUAAGCAGAUAGAGUCUAGGUAUAAUGAAUGUGAUGAGUCCUUCACUUCUCACUCAGAUUUUAUUGCAUAUCAUAGAUUUUAUCCUACAGAGAAACAUGAUUAUUCUAAUGAAUAUGAGAAAGCUAUUAAUUUCAGCCCAUUUAUUAGUUCCCAUCAGAAUAUUGAUAUUGAAAAGAAUGCUCUUAAUUAUAUUAAAUUUGAGAAAGCUGCCAUCCAAAAUGUACAAUUAAUUGAACAUCAGAGAAUUCACACUGGAGAGACAACUGAAUAUAGUAAAUAUGGGGAGCUUUUCAACCAUGGUUCGUCCCUUACUUCCCAUCAGAGGAUUCACACUGAGAAAAAACCUAACCAUUGUUUGAAGUCCUUCCUUCAGAGUUCACAGCUUUCUUAUCACCAGCAAAUUUAUACUGAAAAGAAGCCUCAUGAAUGUAAUCAAUGUGGGAAGGCCUUCCAUCGGAAAGUACAGCUUACUCAGCACCAGAAAAUUCAUACUGGAGAAAAACCUUUUGAGUGUAAUGACUGUGGAAAGGUUUUCCGCCUGAGGGAACACCUUACUCGACAUCAGAGUAUUCAUACAGGAGAGAAACCUCAUAAAUGUGAUGAAUGUGGAAAAGCCUUCAGCCAGAGAGGACAUCUUAAUCUACAUCAGAGAAUUCAUACUGGAGAAAAACCAUAUAAAUGUAAUGAUUGUGGGAAGCCCUUUCGUCUGAAAGAACACCUCACUCGACAUCAGAGAAUUCAUACUGGAGAAAAACCUUAUGAAUGUAAUGAAUGUGGGAAGUUUUUCAGACGAAGAGGACUUCUUACUCGGCAUCAGAUUAUUCACACUGGAGAAAAACCUUACAAAUGUAAUGAAUGUGGUAAAGCCUUUAGCUUGAGAGAAUCAUUUACUCGACAUCAAACUGUUCAUACUGGAGAGAAACCUUAUGAAUGCAAUGAAUGUGGGAAGGUCUUCAGCCUGAGAGGAUCAUUCACUCGACAUCAGAGUAUUCAUACUGGAGAGAAACCAUAUGAAUGCAAUGAAUGUGGAAAAGCUUUCCAUCUGAGUACAGAACUUACUCGACAUCAGAGAAUUCAUAGUGGAGAAAAACCUUAUGAAUGUAACAAAUGUGGAAAAUCCUUUCACGUGAGCACAGAACUUACCAGACAUCAGAGGAUUCAUACUGGAGAGAAGCCUUAUGAGUGUAAGGAAUGUGGAAAGGCCUUCCACCUGAGAGAAUGCUUUACUCGACAUCAGAGGAUUCAUACUGAAGAAAAACCUUAUGAAUGCAGUGACUGUGGAAAGGCCUUCCGUCUAAGAGAAUACCUUACUCGUCAUCAGAGGAUCCACACUGGAGAGAAACCUUAUGAAUGCAAUCAAUGUGGGAAGGCCUUCUAUUUAAAAGAACUCCUUACUCUCCAUUGGAAUAUUCAUACUGGAGAGAAACCUCAUAAAUGUAAUUAAAGUGGGAAGGCUUUUAGCCAGAGAGGACACUUUACUGUACAUUAGAGGAUUCACACUGGAGAGAAACCUUAUGAAUGUAAUGAAGAUGGAAAGGCCUUCCAUGCAAGAGAACUGCUCACUCUCCAUCAUAGUAUUCAUACUGGAGAGACACCUUACAAAUGUAAUGAAUGUGGGAAGUUCUUUAGCCAGAGAGGACAUCUUACGGGACAUCAGAGAAUUCACACUGGAGAAAAACCUUAUGAAUGUAAUGAUUGUGGGAAAGUUUUUCGUCUAAAAGAACACCUUACUCAACAUCAUAGGAUUCAUACUGGAGAGAAGCCUCAUAAAUGUAAUGAAUGUGGAAAGGCCUUCAGCUGGAGAGAACACCUUACUAGACAUCAGACAAUUCAUACUGGAGAGAAACCUUAUGAGUGUAAUGAAUGUGGGAAGGCCUUUAGCCUGAGAGGAUCACUUACUCGACAUCAGAGUAACAAAUGUCAUCCCAUAUGUGGAAAUUAAGCUAAGAUUGUAAGACCUAAAUAUGGACAACUACCAAAUUCUGAGAAGUAAAUUAAAGAACUGAAUAAUUGGAUGGAAUUCAAUGUUCAUAAUUUUUUUCUAGCAUAAUGAAACCAAUAUUUCUUAAAAUAAUUUACAAGUUUCAUAUAAUGUUACUCAAAGUACCAAAAAAACAAAAUUUAGCUGUUCAAAUCUUUUGACUGGGCAUGUGCCAAGAUCACUAGAAAAAAAUAGUAAUCCCUUGCUCUUGUUCAAUCAUUUUAGUCAUAGGUGACACUUCAUGGCUCCAUUUGGGCUUUUCUUGGCAAAAAUACUGGAGUGGUUGGCCAUCUCCUUUUCCAGCUCAUUUUACAGAUGAGUAAACUGAGACAAACAAUUACAUGACUUGCCCAGGAUCACACAGGUAUUGUAUUUAAACUCAGGUCUCCCUAAUUUCAGGCUCAACAUUCAGUCCACUAUGCCACUUAUGUCCAGAGGUUCCAUAGGUGACAACAUUUAUAAUACCUUUAUGGAUGCAAUGGUAGCAAAAAAUUAAGUAUAUAUCCAUUGUGAAAAGGCUGCACAAAUUUUGGGUGUGUGCUUGAGGUGGAAUAUUAUUGGGCAGCAAGAAGUGAUAAAUAUGAUAAAUUCAUGGAGCCAUGAAAUGAUUAUAUAAAUUAAUUCAGAAAAAAGGAGAACCAGAAGAACGUGCAGCAGAAUGAUGACAGCAAUUAAAACUAAACCAUUUCUAAAAUGCUUAAGACUAAUUAUAUUGACUUGCUUUGUUCCCUGAGAAAAUAGGAGGAAAUAGACCUCUGUUCACUAGUGUGGUGAGGGACUAGGCACAUAAACUCUUGUGUAUAAUAUCAGAUAUGGUUGCUUUGGUUGUUGGGUUUUAUUUAUUUGUUUUCUUUGUUACAAAAGAGGAUUUUAUGUAGAUGGUAUAUUUGGAAGUUAUUCUAGUGGUUAUAAAAAGCAUAAAUUAAAAUUAUUACUAAGAGGCAA